AUGGCGUACAAGACGGUUGACUCGGAGCACGUUAAAGGAAUUUUGUCUUCGUUUAUCUUAAAAGAUUGCGACAAAGUGCCCAAAAUAGGAGAGCUUACAGAUCUGCCGUCAACUGAUUCCAAUGAUGAGCAAAUAUUGACAGAACCUAGAAAUCGAAAAGCCUACUUGGCUAGAGUGGGAUCAUUUACAAUAUCCUUUCUAGAUUUAUCAAUCCUAACUUGGUUUGCCAAACCUCUGUCUUUAUCGCCUAUGAUUUGUGCCCGUUAUGGCUGGAAAAAUACAGAUGUUGACAUGCUACAGUGUGUCUCCUGCAAGGCUGUUUUAUGUGCAAAGCUACCAAAUUCUUCAAACCAGGAAUCCUACAAAAAAUUUUGUAACAAACUAAAGAGCUCUUUAUCAUCAUCCCAUGAAAAGUUGUGUCCAUGGCCAUCAAAUCCUAGUUCUGAAUUGUUUAUGACAAUUGAUAUCCAUAACAAAGACAGUAUUAUCAAUGGAUUUUGUGAACGGGUCCAUAAACUGUUGCAACUUGGUGAUGACAAACUUCCAAAUAUUUCCCUUGAGACAUGUGAACAGGCUGAAACUUUGUCAGAUUUCUGGGAAGUUCUUCCUGUUGCUUAUGCUGACAAAUAUUUGCAGUCAAAUCAACAGGAAAUUCUUAAAAAGGCUGUGCCUCUUGCUUUGUGUGGUUGGAUUGUUAGGAGCAAAAGUUGUGAUUUGUUGGUAUGUGAAUAUUGUCAGCGUCAGAUUGGCCUCUGGAAUUAUGUACGUGUAGCUAGCUCCCCAAACAUGAAUGGCCAUUUUGUCCCCAAAACUCCAGAACCUGCCAAUACAAGAAAGAGAAAGAAAGUUGGCAGCCCACCAGAAAAACGAAUUAAACUUAGUGUGAAGGAGACAUUGGAUCCUGUUGCUGAGCAUCGUAACUGGUGUCCUUGGGUCAACGUUGAAGCUUGUUAUGUUGCAGCUGAAUUAGACCUGGAAAUUAACCUGUUGAAUGAGGCCUAUAACAGUCAAGAUGCUGCUGCUGUGGAGAGCAGUUGCAAUGGAAGCACUGUAAGCUACCCACAAUCAAAGAAGGUGGCUGCAGCAUGGGAAGAAUCGUGUAGUAUUUUAUCAACCCACUUCAACAUCUGUGAUCCGAAUGAACCAAAAAAGGUUUCUCCUUUCGAUCACCUGCGCCAUGUUCGUAGUCUCUUAAAUUUGUGGUCAUCUCCAGAGCCACCUCCCUCAAAGUCUAUGUUUAUUUUAGAGACUCCAGAGAAUGACAAGGAGGCAAGCAGUUUGUCCAACAAAUUAGCCACUUCUCCAUCUACAGAAGUGCUUCUCAGCAAGGCAUCCUUAACAAUCAGCAAAAAGACCACCCCUCCUCUUGCAGCAUCACCCCCAUCAACUCCUCAGAUGACAAGAACAGCCAAAAUACUCACUCCUAUUAUUAUGCAAAAGCUAACUCCUCCACCUUCUGCAUCUGCCUCAGUGCCAACAGUGAGCAAAACUCCCCCUUCAAAAACUUCAUCACCAUCUGGGAAAAGUGGGGGUCCACGAGCAGCAGUCACUCCUCCCAUGCAAGGAAAGACAGCAACGACUACUGCUACUACAGCUGUAACUAGCCCUCAACAUGGGGGUAUGGCAACUCGAUCAACUUCACAUCCACACAUGAGUCCCGUAUCCACUCGUAGUAACACCAAUCAAAAUACCAACUCUCCCGGGCACACACCAAAUGUACCAGAACAUAGGGGAGUGGUUACACGAACAACAGCACAGAGAGCUUGCCAACAAAAUUUUCAGACCAGACAACAGAAAUGGCGGUGGACUAAAUAA